ACUGCGCAGCCGUGGUCCCGCCUUCCAUGGUCACGUGCCGUGAGGGCCGCAGCGUGGCGGCGGCUGUGGCGGUAGCGACGGCGGGCCGUAGGGCCACUGGAAGGUUUCCGGUUCCGGUGUAACGUUCGGGCUCCGUCUCAGGGGCUGAAGUUUGUGAGGUGAAGUAUUUCUUCCCAUUUGAGCUAUCAUUCUCCUUUUCCCCCAAAUGGCUCUGUCUAAGCGAGAGCUGGAUGAGCUGAAACCAUGGAUAGAGAAGACGGUGAAGAGAGUGCUGGGUUUCUCCGAGCCCACAGUGGUCACAGCAGCAUUGAACUGUGUGGGGAAGGGCAUGGAUAAGAAGAAGGCAGCUGAUCACCUGAAACCUUUUCUUGAUGAUUCUACUCUCCGAUUUGUGGAUAAGCUGUUUGAGGCUGUGGAAGAAGGCCGAAGCUCUAGACAUUCCAAGUCUAGCAGUGACAGAAGCAGAAAGCGAGAAUUAAAGGAGGUGUUUGGUGAUGACUCUGAAAUCUCAAAGGAAUCAUCAGGGGUAAAGAAGCGGCGAAUACCCCGUUUUGAGGAAGUAGAAGAGGAACCAGAAGUGAUCCCUGGGCCUCCAUCAGAAAGCCCUGGCAUGCUAACAAAACUCCAGAUCAAACAGAUGAUGGAGGCAGCAACACGACAAAUUGAAGAAAGGAAAAAACAACUGAGCUUCAUUAGCCCCCCUACACCUCAGCCAAAGACCCCUUCUUCAUCCCAACCAGAGCGACUUCCAAUUGGUAACACUAUUCAGCCCUCCCAGGCCGCUACUUUUAUGAAUGAUGCCAUCGAGAAGGCAAGGAAAGCGGCUGAACUACAAGCCAGAAUCCAAGCCCAGUUGGCUUUGAAGCCAGGGCUUAUUGGCAAUGCCAACAUGGUGGGUCUGGCUAAUCUCCAUGCCAUGGGCAUAGCUCCACCGAAAGUAGAGUUAAAAGAUCAAACUAAACCUACACCGCUGAUCCUAGAUGAACAAGGUCGCACUGUAGAUGCAACAGGCAAGGAGAUCGAGCUGACACAUCGGAUGCCCACCCUAAAAGCAAAUAUUCGAGCUGUAAAGAGGGAGCAGUUCAAGCAGCAACUAAAAGAAAAGCCAUCAGAAGACAUGGAAUCUAAUACCUUUUUUGACCCCCGAGUUUCAAUUGCUCCUUCUCAGCGACAAAGACGCACUUUUAAAUUCCAUGACAAGGGCAAAUUUGAAAAGAUUGCUCAACGAUUACGGACAAAGGCUCAGUUGGAGAAGCUCCAAGCAGAGAUCUCACAGGCUGCUAGAAAAACAGGCAUCCAUACUUCAACUAGGCUUGCCCUCAUUGCUCCUAAGAAGGAGCUAAAGGAAGGCGAUAUCCCUGAAAUUGAGUGGUGGGACUCUUACAUCAUACCCAAUGGCUUUGACCUUACAGAGGAAAAUCCCAAGAGAGAAGAUUAUUUUGGAAUUACAAAUCUUGUUGAACAUCCAGCCCAGCUUAACCCUCCAGUCGACAAUGAUACACCAGUUACCCUUGGGGUAUAUCUUACAAAAAAGGAACAGAAGAAACUUCGGAGGCAAACGAGGAGGGAAGCACAGAAGGAGCUUCAAGAGAAAGUCAGGCUUGGUCUGAUGCCUCCUCCAGAACCCAAAGUGAGAAUCUCAAAUUUAAUGCGAGUAUUAGGAACAGAAGCAGUUCAAGACCCCACGAAGGUAGAAGCCCACGUCAGAGCUCAGAUGGCAAAGAGACAGAAAGCGCACGAAGAGGCCAACGCUGCCCGAAAACUUACAGCAGAACAGAGAAAGGUCAAGAAAAUUAAAAAGCUUAAAGAAGAUAUUUCACAGGGGGUGCACAUAUCUGUGUAUAGAGUUCGAAAUUUGAGUAACCCAGCCAAGAAGUUCAAGAUUGAGGCCAAUGCUGGGCAGCUGUACCUGACAGGGGUGGUGGUACUGCACAAGGAUGUCAACGUGGUAGUAGUGGAAGGGGGCCCCAAGGCCCAGAAGAAAUUUAAGCGUCUCAUGCUACACCGGAUAAAGUGGGAUGAACAGACAUCUAACACAAAGGGAGAUGAUGAUGAGGAAUCUGAUGAAGAAGCUGUGAAGAAAACCAACAAAUGUGUACUAGUAUGGGAGGGUACAGCCAAAGACCGGAGCUUUGGAGAAAUGAAGUUUAAACAGUGCCCUACAGAGAACAUGGCUCGUGAGCAUUUCAAAAAGCAUGGGGCUGAACACUACUGGGACCUUGCACUGAGUGAAUCUGUGUUGGAGUCCACUGACUGAGACUACUGCUAGCCCUUGUGUCUCCUUUGCCUUUGUUUCCUCGUCUUCUCACUCUACUUCCCGACCUUCCCCCACCUUGAGCGUGUGAUCUCAGAACUGUGCCAGGCAGUGGUUGGGGCAAAGAGACUACCUUGUUUACCCAGUCAGCCUGGUGCUACCCUUCAACCUGUAUGUGCAUAUGAUUAAAGAGUUAUUUUUAAAUUUA